CAUUUGACGCUGUCUCUGCAAGAAGAGAGAGAGGAGGAAGAGUGGACGGACUUUGAGCAAUGGGGGAAGAGAGAGGAACCGUCCCAGUCCCUGCGAUCGACAUGGGAGGCUUCCCCGGAGAGUUUCAGAAGCUCAGGGAAGCCUGCGCUUGGGGCUGCUUCAGGAUCGUAAACCACGAGGUCCCGCUGGAGCUCAUGGCCCAGACGAAGGCCGUUGUGAGGGAGCUCCUCGAUCUGCCGGUGGAGGUCAAGCGGAAGAACACGGACGUCAUCGCCGGCAGCGGGUACGUGGCACCGUCCCCCAAGAACCCCCUCUACGAGGCCCUCGGCUUCUAUGACAUGGGUUCCUGGGACGCCGUCCUCGCCUUCUGCUCCCAUUUGGAGGCCUCUCCUCACCAGAGGGAAGUGAUCAUGAAGUAUGCAGAAGCAAUACAUAAAUUAAUAAUGGACAUAUCAGAGAAGCUCGGGGAAAGCCUGGGACUGAGCAAGGAAGUAUUCAAGGAAUGGCCUUGCCAGUUCUGGAUCAACAAGUACAACUUCACCCCUGAGACCGUUGGCUUCUCGGGCGUGCAGACCCACACGGACUCGGGAUUGUUGACAAUCCUCCAGGAUGAUGAAAAUGUUGGGGGUCUUGAAGUGAUGGACCAGUCAGGUUCAUUUGUCCCAGUCGAACCCCAGCACGGGACCUUCCUGGUAAACCUGGGAGAUGUUGCAGCGGUAUGGAGCAACGGUAGGUGGUGCAAUGUGAAGCACCAGGUCCAAUGCAAGCAGGCGGAGGUUCGGAUUUCGAUCGCAACGUUACUCCUAGGACCAAAAGAGGAAGCCAUUGAGGCGCCAGAAGAACUUGUAGACUCAGAACACCCUCGUCUUUAUGCCCCUUUUACCUGUGAGGACUACAGAAAGCUCCGGCUUUCCACAAAACAGCAUGCUGGUGAGGUCCUCGCGCUCUUACGGGCUGACUCCUGAGGAUAUAUAUGCGAGGAUUACCGUAUCGGCGACACCGCAACUUAGCUUAAUCUAGUGUACCCGAUUCGGUUGGAGGUAUUAACUCAUUGAUGUGCCUCGAAGAGAAUGAUAAAGUUUUAACAUUGUCCAGGAGAUGCAAACAUAUUACGAACUACUAAUGUCAAUGAAGCAACUAUGGCUAACGUUCGAAGUCUCCAUCCUUUUGUCUUGGGACAACGUACGUCAUAGAUUUGUAAUAAAAGAUAAGUCAGAUUUUCAAAUCCCUAAAUAGUACAUUAUUGUCCAUGCAUUGCACAGGAUUAAUAUUCAAAUACAACAGUUUUUGGGUUC